ACCUGACAGACCAGGCGGCAAAAAGCGCUCCUUCGGCCUCUCCUGUUCCUUUUUUCUCCCUCUCUCGGCCUCGCCAAGCCCGGCGCAAAGCCCUCGGGGAGCGCGAACAGCCUGGCUCUCCGCCUGGAGGAACCAAAGCGCUCCUGGGAGAGUUUCCAGUCGGGGCCUGUUCGCGAGCGGCCCUCCCUUUUCGCCGUUGAGGAGUCUGCAGGGCUGCCGACAUGCCGCAGAACGAGCACAUCGAGCUGCACCGCAAGCGCUAUGGGUACCGGCUGGACUACCACGAGAGGCGCAGGAAGAAGGAGGGCCGGGAGGCGCACGAGCGGUCCCGCAAGGCCAAGAAGAUGAUCGGGCUGAAGGCCAAGCUCUACCACAAGCAGCGGCACGCCGAGAAGAUACAGAUGAAGAAGACCAUUAAAAUGCAUGAGAAGAGAAAUACAAAGCAAAAGAGUGAUGAAAAAACACCCAAGGGAGCUGUACCAGCAUACCUGCUGGACAGAGAGGGCCAGUCCCGGGCUAAGGUUCUCUCUAACAUGAUCAAACAGAAAAGAAAAGAAAAAGCUGGGAAAUGGGAGGUUCCUGUGCCAAAGGUCCGUGCACAAGGGGAAACAGAAGUUUUGAAAGUGAUUCGUACAGGAAAGAGAAAGAAGAAGGCCUGGAAGAGAAUGGUUACAAAAGUUUGUUUUGUUGGAGAUGGCUUUACUAGGAAGCCUCCUAAAUACGAGCGAUUCAUUCGACCUAUGGGCUUACGUUUCAAGAAGGCACAUGUGACACAUCCCGAACUUAAAGCCACUUUUUGCCUACCUAUCCUUGGUGUAAAAAAGAAUCCAUCUUCUCCUUUGUAUACGACACUUGGUGUAAUUACCAAGGGUACCGUCAUUGAGGUUAACGUGAGUGAGCUUGGCCUUGUGACACAAGGGGGCAAAGUUAUCUGGGGGAAAUAUGCACAAGUAACAAACAAUCCGGAAAACGAUGGCUGUAUUAAUGCAGUUCUACUUGUUUAAGUUGGGUUUGAUACCAAGCAUUGGACGUGGGCUCCUAUAAAAUAAGUCUGGAGUUUCAACAAAUUUCCAAGAUCUGAAGAACCUUCCACCAUUCCAGAACAAGCUGGUGAGAAACUUAAGCCAGAAACAAUUGCUCACGUUUUUAUAUUUAUUAUGUUUGUUCAGCUGAACAUUGUCCAAAUAAAGAGAUUUAAUUUUCAUGUUUUGCU